UUUCCUUAACCUUUUGUUGUUGUUAUUCAUUCAUUCAUUUAUUUAUUUAUCUAUCUAUCCAUUUAUUUUUAAGUAUUUUUUCAUGGUUACAUGAUUCAUGUUCUUUACAUUCCCUUUUCCCUCCCUGUUCCUGGAGCCAACAAGCAAUUCCACUGACUUAAAACCUAUUUCAAUAUCAUUCACCUUUGUAAUAAUCUUUUAAAAACUAAAACCCCUCAUCCUAUACCCAUAUAAACAAGGGAUGAAUCAUAUCUUUUCCUUCUGUGUUUUUGUUCCCACAGUUCUUUCUCUAGAUGUGGAGAGCAUUUUUCUCAGAGGUCCCCCACGAUUGACCUGGAUUAUUGCAUUGCUGUUAGUAGCAAAGUUGAUUUGAUCUUGUAUUUGAUCAAAAAAUUGGAAAAUGAGGGGCUGUCCCUCAAUUGGGGAAAGGCUGAACAAAUUGUGGUAUCUAUUGGUAAUGGAAUUCUGUUGUGCUGAAAGGAAUGAUGACCUGGAGGGAUUCCAUGUGAACUGGGACGACCUCCAGGAAUUGAUGCAGCGUGAAAGGAGCAGAACCAGGAGAACAUGGUACACAGAGACUGAAACAUUAUGACCAGUAUCUGAGCUAGCUGCUAAAGGUGUGCUAGGCCAGGCUGAUAGGUAGAAAGAGUCAACUCAAAUUCCUUGGCAAAUUCUAUGGGGUUUUCUCUAGCCUUAGGGAAUUCCUUGGCCAUGGCUCUGAGCUUGGUUUUGUCCAAGGAGUAAAAGAUGCCUGCGUUGUUUUGGUUCCUUCCCUUCCCUUAAUUUUAAAGGGGGAACUGAGGGAUGGGUGCCUCAGGUAAUUCUAGGGGCUCAGAUAUGCUGUCUAAAGAGGUUGCUGGGUUGCUAGUGCCUUUCAGGAGUUCCUUAAGGCUCUCUACCUCCUUCCGGAAGUCAGCUAUUUGACUUUUAGUUGUUUCCCUGCUCUGUUCCUCAGGUUGUUCUCCUGGUUUGCCUUGAUUCUCCUCCUCCUCCUCCAUUACCUUUCUCUUGUUCUUACCUGUCUCCCGAUCUAUGGAUCGUUCUGACCUGGAUUUUCUCCAGGCGCCUUCCUCGAGCCUUUGGUUGAAGAUUUCUCUUUCGUCUUCUUCAAUCUCUUGACCUGCUUCACUUAAAACAGACUGCAGAAACAGUAUCUUUUCCUCAUUAAAUGAGCCCCCCCUCGGCCAGCUUCCCUUUGGAUUGGCCUUUGGCACUGUUUGCCACUUAUCUAAAUACUUGCUUGCAUCACGUCCACACUUCGAAACCAUGUAACUCGCAGCUGUAUUUCUAGGUGGUUCUUUGGGCUGCUGACUGCCCCCACCAAUUUUUGGGACAAUAGACAAGCUGUUCCCCAUGUCCAAUAGCACUCAGGUGGCUAUGGACCACGGGGCUGUGUACCCCACAGGCGCCCAACUAAGAAUCCCUUCAUUAAAGAGCGAGUCACUCCCAAACCAGAGAUGCAAGUCCUACCUCCGAGAGAGCUGCUUCCCUGGCCCUUGCUAACUGGACUCCUGACCCAACCCCAAACGGGUUGUGUGAGGUACCUCAAGUCUGUGGUCCUCCUUAGCUGGAGGGCUCAGGCAGCGGGGACUUUGGAUUUUGGUGGAACCUCCAUUAAUGUCAACUAGAAAAAACGCAGAACUAUUAAAUAGUCAAAAUCACUCUUUAAUCAAGGGAAAAGGGGUUAGCCUUACUAAUUCGACAACAGAGCUGUUUCCCAAGACUGCACAGAAUCAAGAAGCCCUGGUCACUAGCCCCUGGGAGUGCCACCUACUCAGGCUGGACUCCAAGGAACAAAAGAAUUUGGGGAACCUAUAUAAUCACUCUAGAUGACCUGAGGGCUUAGAGUGAGGGGGACAGUUGAUUGACUUUACAAUGGUAAGAAAGGAAAAUGAGGAGUUCCAGACAGGAAUAACCUUGAGGGACUGAUGCCCUACAAUGGACACAAAAGGGAAAGACCAAUCCCAGGGCUGGGCCACCUUGGUCAUGGACCUUAGCCUAGGGGGAGAAACCAUUGGGACAAAAGGGAUGCUUAAUAUUGGGUGGGAUUAGCUGUUCCCACCCAAACUACCAGGAAGUCCAAUGUCAGGUGAAAAGGGACCUUCCCUCAGGGGGAAACCUCUCCUGUGACAAGGUCAAAACCUGGGGUUUCUACUCUCAAACUAAAUAAACUGGGGAUCUCUAGAUUUCCAUGUUGACAUAAUUAAGAAUAUUGUUCAUGGUUCCAUGAUUCAUGUUUUCUUCCUUCCCCCCACCCAAAGCUGACAAACAGUUCCACUAGGUUAUACAAGUCAACUUGCUGAAUCCCAUCCCCAUCAAAGCAUGAGAUUAAUCUUAUGUUAUUCUUCUGCUUUUCUACUGCCACAGUUCUUCCUCUGGAUGUAGAUAGCAUCUUUCUCAUAAGUCCCUCGGAAUUGUCCUAGAUCAUUGCAUUGCUGCUAGUAGAGAAGUCCAUUACAUUGAAUUGUGCCACAGUGUAUCAAUCUCUGUGAAUAAUGUUGUCCUGGUUCUGCUCCUUUUUGCUCUACAUCAGUUCAUGGAGCCUUUCCAGUUUCCCAAAAAUUAACAAUUAACCUAAACUAUUGAACUUUCUUGAGGUUCAAUGAAUAUACAGAAAAGCAAGUUUGUAUGAUUUUUCACUUAGCAAAUACAGCCUUGAUUUUGUUAUAUCUUAAAACUGUAAGCCUUAAAAUUUCACAGACUUAUGAAUGUUAAAAAUUUUACUCCACAUUGAGGAAUCCUCCAAUUCCCUACUUGAAAUAAUUCCCUACCAGAUAGUGAGAACUCUACUUGAAUGUGAAAACUCCUUGCUAUGGGAGUAUCCCUACUCCACCCCUACUUAAGACUGCUUUAGGGCAGAAAACUCCUUGCUAAACAAUGAAAGUACUUGAAAACCAUACUUAUAAAGGAAAGGAGUUCUUUGAGCCAUGCCUGUUUUGGGAGUUGAUACAAUGGGAUGCUAAGUGCCUAUAAAGGUGGGGCAACUUGUAAACUACUUAGACCUAAAAGGUGAAAACUUACUCAGAGGUUUUCUCUUAAUGAAAUUAGUUGACACAGAAGCAUUUUUUUUCUGACUUACUAAAGACAUUAAUCUACUCAGCUGUGAAUUCAAAAUGGGCUGUCAAUGAUGCUGGCCUGGUGUCACUAGAAUCCUUGCUUAGGCAGACCUUGUGGUGAGUGUUAAAAGACUGACUUUCUCUCUUAAGAGUCAGGUCUAGGCCAUGUUGGCUUAAGGCCCUUCAUACUUAUUUCCUUUUUCUCUCUUUUCUUUAAUUCCACAUUUGUAUUAAUUAAAAUCUCUAAAAAACCCAGUUGACUUGGGUAUUUGAAUAAUUGGGAAUAUAUUCCCUGGCGACCACCUUAUAUUUGAUUUAAAAACCAAGUCACUGUAGUGAAACAUAUUUCUGCGGUCAAAUUUACUCACCCUCUCUUAUAUCUAUCACAAUUUAUAUCUUCCACUAUUUUAAUCACUACAGUUUAAGACCUUAACCAUUUUAAAUCUCACAAAACUGAAUAAAGACUUUAAUAAGUUUUGACUAAACUUCUAAGUCAUGUUUUCCCCUGCUCUGUAAUCUCUCUGAUAAUAAUAAGAGACACAAGGGCUUCUUUUAGAAACACCUGAAAUAUGUGGCUGGGACCCAAGUGUACUGAUUUCCUGGGCUGUUUUCCCAGAGGAUCCACUAGUCUUCCACAGAGAGAAUGCCCCUUAGGCAAGAAUAACAAGAUAAAGAUUAAGACCCCCCCCCCAAAGGGUACAAAUGUUUCCAGGUUGGAGAAGGUUAAAUAGUGGGAGCAGGAGUUACUCUGGGGUGCAGAUUACAGGGAUGCCUUCCUAGGGAUUUGGGGGAUGUUUGGAAGAAUCAGGAAGGCUGUAGGGUCUGUCCUAAUUUGGGAGAAGCUGAAUCUAGAAAGCUGGCAGAAGGCAGGAGAUUUGUACUCAGAAGGAGGAGGAUAUGAGAUCCACAGCUGAGAUAGGGUUAGAGUUGGAGGGAGUUUGGGGGAGGAGGAGCCUUGCAGAUGACCAGCCUGUUGGUUGAUUUCUCAGGUGGAAUUUGAACCCUGGGGUGGAGUUUGCAGGCCUGGGAGGAGCCUGGGAUGCCAGUGGCCCUGGCAUUUUGGAGUCAGGUUGGGACCUUUGAGAACAGGAAGAUCUUCCCAGAGUGCAGUAACUGAAAACUUGAACCACAGGAACUGAGAUCAAACUUUCUUAUUUUUCUGGGGCCCCAGACAUUAGUCUUCCGUUGGAAACAAAGUCCCUCUACCUUCUUGCCUUGCAACUGAGAUCCUUCUACCUUCUGGAAGCCAUCCCUGUGCAUGCAGGUCCUAGGCACUCCCUGCUGGACCUCAGCCUGCCUCAAUGCCUGCAGCCAGCCUCCUGCCCAGGAAGAGGAGACAAAGAGCUUGCAGAGGACCCAGGACUAGAGCCAGAGGGGUGGCCCCUGGGAGCCCCGGCCCCCCAGCCCAGGUGUUGGUGACGUUCCAGGAUGUGGCUGUGGACUUCACCCAGGAGGAGUGGCGCCUCUUGGACCCUGGUCAGAGGGAGCUGUACAAGGAGGUGAUGGUGGAGAAUGCCCAGAACGUGUUCUCCCUGGGUCUUCCAGUUCUCAGAGAAGAUUGGAUCUCCUAUUUUGACCAAGGGGAAACUGUAUGGAUUCUUGAUGGAGAAGGCCCAAGCAACUCUUGUCUGGAUGGAGAGAGGAGGCUUGAAAUGAGAGAACCUAAUGCAAACCUCAGAGAAGAGUCACAACAGCCAGGAUUCAUGAAUGAUAAUUGCUGUGACUUCAGUCUGAGAGAAAUCUGUGACACUGAUUUCAAGAUAGAAAAAACACAAAAAGUUCAUCAGGAAUUUGAUAAAAAUGGAAAGAAUAUCAGGCAAUAUUCCAUCUCAAUUCAGCGUAAGAAAAUGAUCUCAGACAAUGACUCUUCUCAGGACAAUAAAUGUAGGGAAUCCUUUAGUGAACAAGUGGUGUUUGUUGAGUCUCCUGAGAAGGCUCCAGUAUCACAAAACUAUCAAUGUCAUAACUGUGAGAUGACUUUCAAUGUUAAAUCAGAACUAAUUAGACAUGAGAAAAGUCAUGCUGGAGAAAUGCUUUAUACACAUAAUGAAGUUGAGGAGGCCUUCAGUCAUAAUUCUGAGCUCACUGACCACCAGAAAAAUCAACAUGGAAAGAAACAUUAUAAAUGUAACGAUUGUGGUAAAGCCUUCAAGAAAAAAUUAUCAUUUACACACCAUCAAAAUUUUCAUAGCAGCACAAAGCUGCAUGAAUGUAUGCAAUGUGGGCAAGCCUUCAGGAGACAGUCAUCCCUUAUUUCCCAUCAGAAAAUUCAUACUAGAGAGACAUGUAAUGAGUAUCCUGAAUGCAGUAAAACUUUGAGUGAAAAGUCAUCCCUUACUGUAUCUGAAAGAAGUCUUACUGGAAAACAACCUUAUGAAUGUAACCAGUGUGGAAAGACUUUCACACAGAAUUCUCAUUUGGUUGUACAUCAGAGAAUCCAUUCUGGAGAGAACCUUUAUGGAUGUAAUCAAUGUGGAAAGGCUUUCAGAUGCAAUUCUGAGUUCCUUAAACAUCAGAGAAUCCACACUGGAGAGAAACCUUUUGCAUGUAAACAAUGUGGAAAGACUUUCAGUCAGAGGGGCAAUCUUAGUACACAUCAGGGAGUCCACACUGGAGAGAAGCCUUAUGAAUGCCAUCAGUGUGGAAGAAGUUUUAGGAUGAAAUCCAUUCUUAGUGCACAUCAGAGAAUCCACACUGGAGAAAAACCUUAUAAGUGUCAUCAGUGUGGAAAGAGUUUCAGACAGAGCUGCACUCUUACUGAUCAUCAGAGAAUGCACACUGGAGAAAAAUCUUAUGAAUGUAAUCAAUGUGGAAUGGCUUUCAGAAGGUCAUCCAAUCUUGCUCAACAUCAGAGAAUCCACAGUGGAGAGAAACCUUUUGUAUGUAAUCAAUGUGGAAAGACUUUCAGAUGCAAUUCUGGCCUUGUUCAACAUAAGAGAAUCCACACUGGAGAGCAACCUUAUGAAUGUAAACAAUGUGGAAAGAGGUUCAGAAAGAGCUCCAAUCUUGUUGUUCAUGAGAGAACUCACACUGGAGAGAAACCUUAUGGAUGUAAUCAAUGUGGAAAAACUUUCCCAAGGCCAGACAGACUUGCUCAGCAUCAGAGAAUUCACACUGGAGAGAAACCUUAUGAAUGUAAUCAAUGUGGAAAAACUUUCAGGCAAUCCUUCAGUUUUGCUGAACAUAAGAAAAUCCACACUGGAGAGAAACCUUAUGCAUGUAAUCAAUGUGGAAAGGCUUUCAGAAGCAAUUCUGAUCUCCGUAAACAUCAGAGAAUCCACACUGGAGAAAAACCUUUUGUAUGUAAACAAUGUGGAAAGAGGUUCAUUCUGAGUUCCAAUCUUAAUGCACAUCAGAAAAUCCACACUGGAGUGAAACCUUAUGAAUGUGAUGAUUGUGGCAAAGCUUUUAGCAACCAUUCAGCUCUUCUUAUUCAUCAGAGAAUCCACACUGGAGAGAAACCCUAUGAAUGUGAUCAUUGUGGCAAACCUUUUAGGGACCGCUCCUCUCUUGUUGUUCACCAGAGAAUCCACACUGGGGAGAAUCCUUAUGAAUGUUUUCAGUGUCGAAAGACUUUCAAAGUGAGGAGCCAACUUGUUAUACAUCAGAGAAUCCACUCUGGAGAGAAACCCUAUGAAUGUAAUCAAUGUGGAAAGACUUUCAGAAAAAGAUACCAUCUUGUUGUACAUCAGAGAAUCCACAAAGCUUAGUAAGAGGCAUUCAAAAGAUGAAAACAUUUCUUUAUAAUCAUAAGUGGCUAAAUGGUAAAAUAGGCACAAAACUUCAUUGUAUUUUAAUAACUCCUUCAAAAUUCAAAUGGAUCAUGUAGAAGUUAAGAAAUGUGUGAAUCAUUGGAGAGAAACCCUAUGCAUGUGAUUACUGUGGCAAACCUUUUAUGAACUCUUCACAACUUGUUCACCAGAGAACCCACACUGGAGAGAAAUGUGACAAGGAAAUCACUUAAAAGACUGACAUAUGUUAAUUUAAGGUCGCUAAGGAAUUCAGCUAUGUAAUUCCUUAAGGAAAACUCAAGUCAGCAGUCAACCUUUUAUGGAGUUUAAUUACAAACAGGAGGAAGAAAGGUAUUAGAGAGAGAGAGAGAAAAGGGAGAGAAGGGAAUAGGGCUUAAAUACCCCCUCUGUUUAGGCUGGGCCAAAAGGCCCAAGCCCUUAGAUAGCUGAGGGAAGAAAAAGAGAUCAGUCCCUAUCACUCACAUGACCAAAAUGGAGAAACAGUCUCAGGGGCCUCCACCUCCAGCUUCCUUCAGAGCAAGCUUCUCAGAGCAAAACCUCUCCAACCACCUCAGUCCUCAGACCCCGCUAUCUUUAAGGAAACCAUCCAAGUUCACUCCCCUCAGUUCUCACAUCUACCAAUCACUGUCCAUGUCUACCCUGUGCCAAUGGUGGCUCUAGCUUAACCCAGGACCGCCCAGAGGUCUGUCCCCUUUGCACAUGUCUGUUGAAGGUCAUAUUCUCAAAUAAUUAAGUCUUGAUCUUUUGCUGCAGCCCUUCCUAAAUCCUGUUACCCUGAGCAGGGUGGAGAUUGGAAGUUCCAAGACCUGGUUCUGUCAUUCCAAGUAUCUCUGUUGUAUCAAUUCUAAAAUCAAUCAUGACUCAAAGAACUUCCUGUUCUAUGCUUAAGCAUAGGUCAAAGCCCUUUCCAUUGUUCAGCAAUAGGUUUCUGUCCUAAAGUAAUCUUAAGUAGGGAGGAGAAAGACCCUCCCAUGCCAAAGGGGGGUUCACAUUCCAAUAGACUAUCAGUAGGAAAUUUUUCAAGUAGGAAAUUUCCCAAUGGUGAAAUUUCCAACAUUUAUAAGUCUAAGAAAUGUUAAGGUUUACAAUCCCCCCUGAUGAUCAUUGGGAGACUAGUCUCCCCAUUGAUCAUUUAACAUAAUCAUCCUGUCUUUGCUUUAUGAUAAAAGUCUUUGGUUAAUGGAAUAUAUUCAUUUUAUAUUUAAUCACCAGAAGGAAGAAUAAGUAGGUAGAGGAAAGGAAGGAGGGUUCGUCGUAAUAAAAGAGAACAUUUUCUUAACUGGAUUUGGGCACUGAGUUAAUUCAAAGGAAAGACACUGACAGUGUAAUGAGUGCAGUUCUCAAGAGGCAGAAUUUCUUCACUUAAAUAAUUCAUCGACUGAACCUUUCAUGUGCUCAGUGGACUCUUUCCAAAAUCUAAAAUGAAGACAGUCAUUCUCUCCUCUAGCACAGGUCUUUGGUCUUUCUCUCUCACUAUAUACACAUAUAUCACACACACACACACACAAAUGUCUGCACAUCUCCCUGGUGAGCUCCCCACUCAGUCUCUCCCCUGACAGCUGUAAUGGUGGAAAUUUAGGCUUCUGGGAGAGGUUAUAAUAUUGUAAUGGUUAAAAAUGUGGCUACAGGAUUUAUGUAAUAUUGAACAAUGGCCGCCAAGGAAUUUACUUAUGAAAUUCCUAAAAUGAAACACUCAAGUCAGAAUGGAGUUUAUGGAGGUUUAAUCACACUGGGAGUAGGGAAAGGAGAGGGAGAGAAGGAGAGAAGAGAAAAGGGAAAGGGGCUACUCAACCUCUGACUAAGGCAGAGGGAGUUUUAGGCUCAAAGGGCCAAGGUGGAAAGAAUCAGUCCUUAACUCUCGUGAGUGAUCUGAAGGAAAGCUGUCUGCGGGCGUCCUCCCUGUCCAAGCUCCUAACACCCACUCCCCGUCUCUCUCUCUCCACAGGAAGUGAGCGAAUUCCAGAGGCUGUUCCCUACCUCACUUCCUGUGUCUCACAAAUGCCAAUGGUUGGCUCUAGCUUGGCUUAGGACAGUCCAGGUGGGCAGUUAGUUAUUUCUGAUUUGUCAUUGACUAGCACAUGCCCGUGUAGUAUGGGUGUGCACAAUUUUUGGGUGCUAGACCAAGAUGGAGACUUUUAAAAUUCACAAUCCCCCCUGAUGAUGAUUGGGGGACUAGUCUCCCCAAUUGAUCACUAAACAUAAGCAUACUGCACCCCAAAAAUUUCUAACUGCAAGUGUAUACAAAAAUUUUUUCCACUAAGAGGAAAAUUAUAAUAGUUGUAAAUAUGGGGAAAUAGAGGAGAGAGAAAGACAGCAAACCAAUGUUUUGCUGGGCGCAUUGACAAAAGCCAAUUAGGGGGCAGUCCCCUUUGGCAUAAGAGUGUACAUUCAAAAAAUGUUCAAUCAACCACACCCCAAGGUUCAUUCUGGAUCUUCCUGUAGUGAAAAGGUUUAGAUAUCUUUCUGCAAACAGUUCAUUCUCUGGAUUCAAUUAGUUAGCAAGCUUCUUCUCUGAAGAUUUCUCUCUCGAACAAAAUUUAAAUCUUGGAUUUGAUGAAAUACAAUCCCCCCUGAUGAAAGUGUUAAAAAAACACUGAGUCCAGCUGAGGAUUCAAGUUUUAGUUGUGGGGGGGUGUGUGUUAAUUCAAAAGAAAAACAAAACAAUAUGAAAAUAAAAUCAAAAUCAAAAGAAGAAAAAGGGAAAAAAUAUAAACCCUUUAUAUAUGCAUAUUUAUAUUAAAGAAGAAUUCAAAAUCAGUAUCAAAAUCAAAAAAAUCUAUGUAUACAAAAUUUGAGAAAGCAAGAAUAAAAAAAAUUUUUUUCCCCCACAGGCCCCUGUAUUAGGGUCAAGUUAAGUAAUUUCUAAUCCCACAAGUCUGUAGGACAGAAUGCAGUAUAUUUUACUUCCCCAUUUGCAGCCAAGGCUACAGGAAGUUGCCAUACUAUAGGAGAGAAAAAAGAAGACCAGAUUUUUUUAAUAUAUCUAGGGAAGUGUUAUUCCCUCGUCUGAUUUUACCUUCGUUCUCAGGGAUGGAUGGAGCCAGGAUGGUAGCCAACCUUAGGUACUUGUCUGUAGGUACUUUCACGAAGAGUGUGGAUACAGGGAAGGCCUACAUCUUAACGUCUGUCAAGUGUCGCAACCCCGAGUCUCACACUAGGUUCAAGUCCUUAGUAUUGGCUUAGAAAUGCAUUAAUUCUACCUGGAUUGGUCUUUGAUUUUUAGACCUGUGAGCUCUUUUGGCAUUAUCCAGGUUAUUUCUGUGCUCCUUGUUUGAUCUCAUGCCUAGAAUCAGACACAAACAUUAAUCAUAGUCCCACAACAAUUAUCAAUAAAUGGCAGGUUCCCAUAGUCUAAAGCUGUUUGGGUGCGUAUUAAUAAUAACAACAAGUAUAUAUAUUUAAACUAAUAUUGUAGAAUAAAAUUAAUAUUGAUCAUAUGUACCUUAAGUACAUAGAAAUGAGAAAAAGGGAAAAAAUAAAAUAAUGUAGAAAAAAAAUAAUAAAAUAAGGAAAAGAGAAAAAAGGGAAAAAGAAAAAAAUUAAAUUUAGGAAUUCAAUGUGUCAAAAGCAGAAUAAAACAGUUCCACUUGUCAAUGGGUAGUUAUCUCCAAUGCAUGUAUAGGAUACAGUCAAUCAGUCUCAACAGAAGAUGCUCUCUUUACAUGAGAGCAGUGAAUCCAAGAGUCCUUUUCUCCAACCUUUAUAGAUGUUGGAGUAGUUAACAAUAUUUGGAAUGGUCCUUCCCACGAAGGCUGGGUUGCUCCUGUACGCUGGAAGUUCUUUAUAUACACGUUGUCUCCUGGGUUCAGGUCGUGAAGUGAAAAGUCUAGUGGUCCAGCUUGUACUGCAGCUCCGGAUUCAUGUAGCUCACGCAGUUUGUGCUGUAAUUCCUGUAUAUAGGAAGCAAUAGUAGUAUCUCCCCCUAAUAGCGAUGUAUAAGCCGGGGAGAAAGGCUUAGCCUGUAUAGGCGGAUGUCCAAAAAGCAUCUCAAAUGGUGAAAUAUGUAAGUCUCCUCUAGGCCUGCUUCUAAGAUAAAAUAGGGCCAAAGGGAGAAUUUCAGGCCAUUUUAAAUGGGUCUCAGUGCAUAAUUUUCCAAUCAUAGUUUUAAGUUCUUUGUUCAUCCUCUCAACUUGGCCUGAGCUCUGGGGAUGAUAUGGGACAUGGAAUUUGGGAGUUAUCCCCAAGCAAGAAUAUAUCUGGUUUAGAACAGAAUCAGUAAAAUGACUCCCCCUAUCGGAAUCAAUACGUGCUGGUAGGCCAAAGCGAGGAAUAAUUUCUUUUAAAAGCACCUUAGCAACAAAAGCUGCUGUGGCUCGGGCUGUGGGAAAUGCUUCCGGCCAUCUGGUCAGUUGGUCUACUAUGACCAAACAAAAUUUAUAUUGUCCAGCCUUUGGCAUCGUUAUAAAAUCUAUCUGCAGGUGCUCAAAAGGUGUGUAAGCCAGAGGACGUCCACCAAAGGCUUUGCCACGAAAGGCAUGUUGGUUAUAUGCCUGGCAGGUAGAGCAGGAUGAACACACUUUAGAGGCUAUGGUAGUUAUACCAGGGGCUAUCCAUACUCUCUUAACAGAGUCCACGAUGCCCUGGGUACCAAAGUGGCCAUUAUUAUGAACAGAUUGGCAAAUUUGGUGAUAGAAACUUCUAGGGAGCAGGGGUUUUCCUUCAGAUGACACCCAGACUCCAUUGAUCUGUUUUGCUUUGAAUUUCUGUUUCCAUUUUUCCACUUCCUUCUCAUCAUAGGAAAGUGAUAAAUUUGAGUCAUCAGUAGUUGUUAAUGUUAGAAGUAAUUCAGGCCCUUCUAUGGCUGCUAGCUUUGCAGCAGCAUCUGCUCGGUCAUUUCCCCUAGAGACAGGGUCGGUGCCACCUGUAUGGGCUGAGCAAUGAACUACAGCUAGGGGCUUCAGGCAGCUGAAGAGCAGAAAGGACUUCAUUAAUCUACCUCAUGUGGACACAUAAUUGUCAACGGGCAUCCUAAUACUAGAUCAACGGUUUUUGUCACUAGUAAAGCAGUAGCAGCCACUCCUCUAAGGCAUGGUGGUGCUCCUGAAGCUAUUGGGUCCAGCUGGGCUGAAUAAUAAGCAACUGGACGCUGAGAAGGCCCCAGAGUCUGAGUUAAAACGCCUGAGGCUACUCUUUGCUCAUGUACAUACAAAGUAAAUGGCUUGUUGUAAUUUGGGAUGCCUAGAGCAGGGGCAGAUAAGAUAGCCUUUUUUAGCUCUGAUAGAGCUGACAUGUGUUCAGGCUCUAAUUUGAGGGGUUCAGGGACUGCAUCCCUUGUUAGUGCUAUAAGAGGUUUAGUAAUUUCCCCAUAGCAAGGAAUCCAUUGUCUGCAAAACCCUGUUGCUCCCAGAAUUGCUCUUAACUGUUUUUUAGUGGUAGGAGCACUCAAUUUUUGAAUAUUCUCAAUUCGCUUGGGAGAAAUAGAGCGGGCACCAGCUGUCAGAAUGAACCCCAAAUAUUCUACUUUGGGGAGACACCACUGAACUUUAUCCUUUGAGAUCUUAUGACCUCUUUUGUGCAAUUCCAAAAGAAGGUGUUUACUAUCUUCCUGACAUGCUUCUGCAUCCACGGAAGCCAAGAGUAGGUCAUCUACAUAUUUUAUUAAUUUGCUGUUUCUAAAUUUUAUAUUAUCUGUAUCUUGUCCCAAAAUUUGUGCAAAUAAGGUCGGACUUUCUACAUAACCCUGGGGCAGACAACUCCAGGAAUAUUGUAUGCCAUUCCAGGUGAAAGCAAAAAUAUGCCUCGAGUUCUCAUGUAUGGGUAUAGAAAAAAAGGCUGAGCACAAGUCUACUACUGUAAAGUAUGUAGCUGUGCUAGGAAUAGAAGAAAUAAUAGUAUUGAUAUUGGGAACUAUGGAGUGUCUCUUUAUAACGUGAUUGUUCACAGCCCUCAAAUCCUGUACGAAUCUAUAGAGGUGUUUGCCAUCGGGUCCCCUUUUUGGUUUUUUAACGGGGAGGAUGGGCGUGUUGUAUUCAGAUUUACAAGGGGAAAUUAUUCUUUGGUCAAUUAAAGAAUUUAUUAUUGGGGUAAUGCCCUCCAUUGCCUCCUUGGAAAGAGGAUACUGAGGAAUGCAAGGAGGUGGGCUGGAUUUAGUUUUUAUUUGCACAGGAGUAGCUGAUUUAAGUAAGCCUACAUCAGUAGAAGAUGUGGCCCAAAGAGACUCUGGUAUAUCUGUAGGUAUUUCAAAGGUGGGAGGCUCCUUUGCCUCCUGGCUCUCUGAGAGAAAUACAGGGAGUAAAUUUAAGGUUUCCUCGGGCACUUCUAAAGAAAGGGAGCCAUCUGGGGCGCACAUUAUUGUGGCUUGUAAUUUGCAUAGUAAAUCUCUCCCCAGCAAAUUUGUGGGAGAUCCAGGCAUUAAAAGAAAAGAGUGCUCAACAGUUAGGGGUCCCACACGUACCAUGCGAGGAGAAAGUUUUGGGACCUUUAACGGUUUUCCUGAAACACCUACUACAUUUAAAGAGCCAAUAGAAUCACAUUUCUCAUCUGGUUUGCUUACUAGAACUGACCUAGAUGCUCCAGUGUCUAAAAGACAGUCAUAGUAUGAAUUUCCUACCUUUAAAGUGACAUGAGGUUCCUUACUGUUUGGGGGGGAAUAUAUAGGGAUUAUUGGCAUUAAAAUAUCAGGGUCUGGAAAAUCAAAGGUCUCAUUCUUUGAUUCCAAGGCCCUCACCCCCCCCCCCCUUCACACCUUCAUAAAGAUGCUUGGGCAGUUUUUUGGGACCCUCCACGCUGUUGGGGUUGUUCACCCUGAGUGUAGCGUGGUCGAGCUCCAUUUCUUAUAUAUUGUUGUUGGGCAUUUUUUGGGGUAGUAUCAUUUUCUGUAUUUUGAGCACUGUCAUUUUGAUUGGCAUUGUGGUUCCUAUAGUUAUUAUUCCUAAAGGUGUUAUUAUUUCUUGUUUCCCGUAGCCUGCUCCUACAGACUAUCAUUGCAUGGCCUCUCUUCCCACAGAAGAGGCAUAUUAAGGGGUUUGUUAAUGAUCUAUCUGUGGAUUCCUGCAAAGGGGCCAUGGUCUCUCCCUUACUUUUCAAUUGUUCCUUUAAAAUUUCAAUUUCUUUUUCUAAGUCUGACACUGAUUUAUUGUGUGUCUCAGGUUUUUUUGUACGAUUCUUAUAGGCAUAUGUUGCUACUUUCCUCAGUUCUUCGAUGUCCAUAGACUCCCAGUUGGGACAGCUGGUUUCAAAGUAGUCUUUUACUGCUGAACAACAAUUCCUAACGAAUUGUCUGCGUAUAUGUUUAAUGUCUUUUUCUCUGGACAAAUCAAGGUCCAUAUAUGUACUUCCUACGUCAAUAAGUCUGUCCAUAAAGUGGGAGGGGGUCUCAUCAAUUUCCUGUCGGGAUUGUUCAAAUUUUUCCCAUGCAUCAGGGCUAUCAGAGCAGUCUCUCAUGGCUUUUAAUAAUGCUUCUCUGGCCAGGACUAGUUUUGUGUGAUCUUGUGUAAUAUUGGGGUUCCAGUGUGGAUCUACAGUUGGCCAGUGAUGAGCUCCUCUACCACUUUUCUUAUUAGCUAGAGAGAUGACAUUAUUUUUCUCUCUUUGUCAGAAAUGUAUCUAACAAAUUCUCCACAUCCAACCAAGAAGGGUCAAAGUUUCUGAAUAUAUUUUCUAAUUUUUCUAUAACCAACAUUGGUUCUGCCUCAAAUGAUUGAACAUUGUGCUUGAAUUUUUUUAAAUCAUCAGGUUUAAAAAGUGUAUAGUGUCUUACAGACACCAAGUUUCCUUCUUUAUUAAAGGUGGGUACUUCCCUCAAUGGAAAUAAACUUCUGUCUAAACUA